AUGAAGUUCUCUAUCAUUGCUUCUAUACUCUUUAACGCUUGCGCAGCUCUUGCUGCUGACUUUUGUGGUCAAUGGGAUUCUGUAACUACUUCCAACAACUACAUCAUCUACAAUAACUUGUGGGGGGUGAAUUCUGCAACCUCCGGGUCACAGUGCACAGGUCUUGACUCUGCCAGCGGGAAGAGUGUUGCAUGGCAUACCACCUGGUCUUGGACAAGCGGCCAUGCCAAUAUCAAGAGUUUUCCCAAUGCAAACCUUGUUUUCACCCCCAAGACCGUAGCGAAUAUUAGGUCCAUGAAAAGCACCAUGAAAUACUCAUAUACCGGCACGACGGGGGCCGUCGCAAACGUUGCCUAUGACCUGUUCACUAGCAAGACCGCUGGGAGUGAUAUCUGCGAAUAUGAAGUCAUGAUCUGGCUUGCAGCCUAUGGUGGCGCAGGACCUAUCAGCUCUACCGGUAGCCCCAUUGCUGCUCCAACCAUCGCGGGAUACCGAUGGAAACUUUAUGACGGAUACAAUUCCAACAUGCACGUCUACUCGUUCGUGGCCGUUGACUCACCGAUUACCCGCUUCUCUUGCGAUGUCAAGUUAUUUCUGGCAUAUCUCGCGGAUAACUAUGCACUCCCAACUUCGCAAUAUCUUAACAAAUUUCAAGCAGGGACUGAGCCCACCUCGGGAAGCAAUGCUAAAUUUACCGUUUCGGAAUUCUCUGCUGUUGUUGCUUAG